GAAAAAAACAAAACAUAACAAUAACAACAACAAAAACCAGUUUAUCCCAAGUUCACGUCGCUUGAAGAACAUGCAGAUGACUGUCAAAAUUAUUUGAAUGUCCAUGUGAAGAUUAAAUGCAUUUAUGGAAAAGAAAAUAUUGAUAGUAAAGUAACAGUUGACUAUUGUAAGCAAUGGAUUUCUCCAUGGAGAACAACAUGUAUGUAAACAAAGUGUGGGUUCAAUGUGAGAAUGACAGUUGUUUGAAAUGGAGAUUGUUGUCAAGUGAGGAUGCAGCCAAAGUUGAUCACAAUGAACCCUGGUAUUGCUACAUGAACACCGAUUCAAGACAUAAUGAGUGCUCUAUUUCUGAAGAAGACUUUCCUGAGGAGUCUCAGUUCCAUCAAAGUGGAUUUAAGAUUGUCUACUCACAGCUACCUCUUGGUAGCCUGGUUUUGGUAAAAUUACAGAAUUGGCCAAGUUGGCCAGGGAUACUUUGUCCUGAUCCUUUUAAAGGGAAAUAUGUGACCUAUGACCUGGAUGGAAAUGUUGAACAGUAUCACAUAGAAUUCCUGGGUGAUCCCCAUUCAAGAUCAUGGAUAAAUGCAACAUUUGUUGAACAUUAUAGUAUCACAUUAAAGCCAGGAAAAUGUAAAAAUAAAAAGAAGUGGUACAUAAGUGCACGACAAGAAGCAUGCCGUCUUUAUGGAUAUUCUCCUGAGCAAAGACUGGAAAUGUGCCACCUAUCAAAACAGGAUAAAUCCAAAGCAGAUGGCAAAGUUGCUCUUGUGGCCAAGAAAAGGAUGCCAUUUUCCAAAAAUAAUACCGAAAAGAAAAAGCCCAAAUUCAGAAAAAGGAAAAGGAAAGCUAUUUUAAAAUGCUCUUUUGAAAGUGUUUGUUCAGAUGAUGCCUUAUCAAAGGAAAACAUGGUUGUCUCGGAGACAGAAGUUUUACUUAAAGAACUGGAGCAAAUGCUACAGCAAACUCUAGAACCCACUGCAACAUCCGAUGAGUCCGGAGAGGAGCAUGGAGAGGAAAUAAAUACAGGAGCAAAGUUGUCUAAAUGGCGCCCUGAAGCUUCUGCAAACAUUCUGUUUGAAAGCCACUGUGAAGAGGACUAUCUUGUAAUUGAUGGGAUAAAAUUAAAAGCUGGCGAAUGUAUUGAAAAUAUAACUAACAAGUUUAAAGAAAUAGAUGCUUUGAUGUCUGAAUUUUAGGGCAUUAUAUAGAUU